CAGGAGAGAGUGGCAGCGAAUGUGUCUGCGGCAGCGUUUAGCAUUAAAAAACAUCAACUACGGCUGAAGAAGAGAGGACCAAACCCCGCUGCAGCGUGAGACGACCUCGGCAUACCAUGGACUAUGAUAAAUUUUAACCAGAGGCUGGUAACGGUGGGCUGUUUUGACGACAAGCGGUUUAUUGAACAUCUGUAGAGCAUAAUGAGGGCAUCCGCUAUUCUUUACGGUGGUUUUUCCUCCGAGGUUUAGUUAGACGCAGAGUGACAGUAUUUAUAAAUGCGUCGCUUUUAGACAUUCUCUCAAGGAAUAGGCACACCGACGGGACACAGCCUGCAGAUAUUUAGUUAAUUCCCUCCUCCCAUGGACCCUGGGGAACAGUGAAGUCAUUUGAGAAGUCACCGGAGAAGAAGACACGUCUUAAUCAUCUCGAUAGUUUUACACAGUUCUGCGUGGAAAAUCGACUCUCCCGUCCACCAGACUCCCCCUGCUUUCUUUCUAUUUUUAAAUCUUACAUGGUUUUGUCUUUCUGAGCUUUCAUCGCCAAAACCCUCCAGUGGGCAUUUUCCCCCCCGUUAAAGGAUGCCGGAUCAAAUAUCGGUGUCCGAGUUUCUCUCGGAGACAACAGAGGAUUACAAUUCCCCGACAACAUCCAGCUUCACCACCCGACUGCAGAGCUGCAGGAACACAGUGAAUGUGCUGGAGGAGGCGUUGGACCAGGAUCGAACCUCCCUGCAGAAGGUGAAGAAAUCAGUGAAGGCCAUCUACAAUUCAGGACAAGACCACGUUCAGAAUGAAGAAAACUACGCCCAAGCUCUGGACAAAUUCGGCAGCAACUUCAUCAGCCGGGACAACCCUGACCUGGGGACGGCCUUUGUCAAGUUCUCCUCCCUCACCAAGGAGCUGUCUGCCCUGCUGAAGAACCUGCUCCAGAGCCUCAGCCACAACGUGAUCUUCACCCUAGACUCUCUGCUGAAGGGCGAUUUGAAGGGCGUGAAAGGGGACAUAAAGAAGCCCUUUGACAAAGCAUGGAAAGACUACGAGGCCAAGUUUACAAAGAUAGAGAAGGAGAAGCGAGAGCACGCCAAGCAGCAUGGGAUGAUCCGCACCGAGAUCACCGGGGCUGAAAUUGCUGAGGAGAUGGAGAAGGAGCGGCGUCUCUUUCAGCUCCAGAUGUGUGAGUACCUGAUCAAAGUAAAUGAGAUCAAGACCAAGAAAGGAGUGGACCUCCUCCAGAACCUGAUUAAGUAUUACCACGCACAGUGCAAUUUCUUUCAAGAUGGCUUGAAGACAGCGGAUAAGCUGAAACAGUACAUUGAGAAGCUGGCAGCUGAUCUCUACAAUAUCAAACAAACUCAGGAUGAGGAGAAGAAGCAGCUGACUGCCCUGCGAGAUCUGAUCAAGUCCUCCCUCCAGCUGGACCAGAAGGAGUCUAGAAGAGACUCGCAGAGCAAGCAGGGUGGAUACAGCAUGCACCAGCUGCAGGGAAACAAGGAGUUUGGCAGUGAGAAGAAAGGCUACCUGCUGAAGAAGAGUGAUGGGCUGAGGAAGGUGUGGCAGAGGAGGCAGUGCUCAGUGAAGGGGGGCAUCCUCACCAUCUCUCAUGCCACAUCCAACAGGCAGCCAGUCAAACUCAACCUGCUCACCUGCCAGGUCAAACCCAGCUCAGAGGACAGGAAGUGCUUUGAUCUCAUUUCUCAUAACCGGACAUAUCAUUUCCAGGCUGAAGAUGAACAAGAGUUUGUCAUCUGGAUCUCGGUGCUGACCAACAGUAAGGAGGAGGCGUUGAACAUGGCGUUCCGCGGUGAGCAGAGCAGCGGAGGCGAGGACGGUUUAGAGGACCUCACUAAAGCCAUCAUAGAAGACGUGCUGCGCAUGCCGGGCAAUGAAGUCUGCUGCGACUGCGGAGCUGCAGACCCUAAGUGGCUUUCCACCAACCUGGGGAUCCUGACCUGCAUCGAGUGCUCUGGCAUCCACCGUGAGAUGGGGGUCCACAUCUCCCGCAUCCAGUCCAUGGAGCUCGACAAGCUGGGAACCUCAGAACUCUUGCUGGCCAAGAAUGUAGGGAACAGUAGUUUCAAUGAGAUCAUGGAGGGAAAUCUCCCUUCCCCUUCACCAAAGCCCACUCCCUCCAGUGACAUGACGGUGAGAAAGGAGUUCAUCAAUGCUAAGUACGUGGACCACAAGUAUGCGAGGAAGACAUGCACGUCUGCGGCAGCUAAAAUGAUCGAGCUGUUUGAGGCGGUCCAGUCCAGGGACCUGCUGUCCCUCAUCCAGGUCUACGCAGAGGGGGUGGAGCUUAUGGAGCCGCUCCCGGAGGCGGGGCCGGAAGCCGGAGAGACAGCACUGCACUACUCUGUACGGACUGCUGACCAGACCUCACUGCACCUGGUGGACUUCCUUGUGCAGAACAGCGGUAACCUGGAUAAGCAGACGGAAUGGGGGAACACCGCCCUGCAUUACUGCUGCAUGUACGAGAAGCCCGAGUGCCUCAAGUUACUCCUGAGGGGCAAGCCGGCCACUGACAUCGCCAAUCAGAACGGAGAGACGGCGCUGGAUGUUGCCAGGCGACUGAGGAACACUCAGUGUGAGGAGGCACUUGUCCAGGCUGCAGAGGGGAAAUUCAACCCUCACAUCCAUGUGGAGUAUGAGUGGAGCCUCAGACUGGAGGAGAUGGAUGAGAGUGAUGAUGACCUGGAUGAUAAGCCUAGUCCCAUCAAGAAGGACCGCUCCCCGAGGCCUCAGAGCUUCUGCCACUCCUCCAGCCUCUCCCCCCACGAUAAGCUCUCCCUGCCGGGCUUCAUCAGCCAAAGGGACAAGCAGCAGCGUUUGUCCUACAGCGCCUUCACCAACCAGAUGUACAGCGCAUCCACCGACCUCACCUCCUCCCCUGUGGCCGACGGGCCGCCGCUGCCACCCAGGAACCAGGGCAAAGCUCCACACUUGGCAUUCCUUGGCUCUCAUUCGCACUACGCCACACUGGCUGGCACUCGACCAUACAUCACUCCUCCCCCAUCUGGCCCUCCCUCUACACUCACACCAGGAGGCAGCUCCACCCUGUCCAAGAAGAGGCCUCCGCCCCCACCUCCUGGACACAAACGCACCCUGUCUGACCCACCCAGCCCGCUCUCUCACAGUCCACACAGUAAAGGGGGCUUGACUGGGGGAAGUGACUCCACCCCACCUCCGGUCAGCAAGAUGUCUCCUGUUUCUAACAAGUUUGAAGGCAUUCCUCAACAGCAAAGCACUACGUCAAGCAACACAAAGUCUACACUUGGUCCAAGGGUUCUUCCCAAACUACCUCAAAAAGUGGCAUUGCGGAAGAUUGACACCAUACACCACCCGUCUAUGGAUAAGCCCAGCCUUCCUCCAGAGGUCUUCCAGAAGUCCCCGCCAGCAAGUGACACCCCGCAGAAGGCUCCUCUGGCGGACAGGCCUCAGCUGGGAGACCUGCCCCCCAAACCACAGCCGUCUGAACUUCCCCCUAAACCCGGAGAACUUCCUCCGAAGCCGCAGCUCUCUGACCUCCCUCCUAAACCUCAGCUGGGAGACCUCCCGCCCAAACCCCAGCUCAAAGACCUCCCUCCCAAGCCUCAUCUCGCAGACAUCCCCCCCAAACCUGGAACGGCCGAGUCCGCUCCCAGGCCGCCUCCUGGAGAGACGACGAGGCCUCAAACGCAACCUCCACCUCCACCUCAAACUCAACCUCAGCCUCAGCCGCAGCCUCAAGAUUCACCAUCACCUAAUCAGCAGGCAAAUAUAGCGACCCCCUCCCACCAGCCUGCCGAGGACACCAACGGGACUCCAGCGGGAACUGCAGAGACGCCUGUGCCGCUGCCGAGGAAGAUCAACACGGGGAAGAGCAAAGCCCGCCGUGUGAAGACGAUCUAUGACUGCCAGGCUGACAACGAUGAUGAACUGACUUUUGUUGAAGGAGAGGUGAUCAUAGUUACAGGAGAGGAGGACCAGGAGUGGUGGAUCGGGCACAUUGAAGGAGAUCCGGAAAGAAAAGGGGUGUUCCCCAUGUCUUUUGUGCACAUCCUGAGUGACUGACAGCCAGAAAGACUUGCACUACGCCUCUCCCGAAACCGGGAGCUCCUGUAAAUAGCUAUCAUAACACCCCUUGUCACACGACAAGUGUCCUAAAGAAAAAAAAAAAAAUGAAGAAACCCAAGAAGGAUCAUCUAGCCAUGGAUGCCUCAUCCAUGCUGUACAAAGAAUGUGUGUAUUCUUCCUCUACCAGUAUUAUCUUAACCCUAUAGCACGGCUGUGACAAAGCCGCUCUCAGAACCCUAGCACUUACCUAAAAGUCUAUGUUUAUGCUGUUACUGUGUAUAUAUGUAUGUAAAUAUAUAUAUUUGUGUGUGAGUGUAUAUACAUGUUUUAUUGUACAAAACAUGUACCAUUGCUCUCUACCUGUCAGAUUAAGCAUCAGGGUGGUAGAGUUUGAAUUUUAUCUGUAUUAAUUUUACUGGCCCUCAAGUAAUUAUCAGCUUAUAUUUCUGGAAAAAGGACAAAUAAGAAAAGGAAUGUGAAAUAGGUCAUGUCACUAUUUGUGUCUUGCAUCCCUGUUUACCACCAUAAUUGACUGAAGAGGAAGGAGUCUCCCACUGAUCUUCCCGAGAUGAAAAGAUUUUCAUUAAAUGUACUCCUUGUU